CUAAAUACUUUGUCUAUGUAUAAAUCCUAUUUUAUGACCUCAUAAUUUGUAUUAAUAGUUGACUAUGACAGUUUUACACCUCUUUCACCCCUUAAUUGAUAAGAUGUAUGGUUAAUUUUGACAGUACAAGCUGUCUACAUCAUAGAAAUGUCAGCACAUAUACCACACUGUAAAUCUGUCAUAACAGGCCAUUGCUUCUGACCAUAUAUGCUGACAUUAACCAUAAACAGGAAUGUAAUCUGGUAACCUGGUAAUGAUGAGUAUGUAACUGUUUUAAGAUUUGGACUCAAAUUGGAAAAUAAUUGGUGCCUAAAGUUUGAAACAACCAAGAUUUAAAGAGCCACUGUCACGGUCUGUGGAGACAGACCGUGCGGAGGUGUUUGUGGUGGACCCAGGUGCGAACACAGGUGAGGAGACGGAAGUGAACUUAAACUGAAAGCGAGCCUUCAUUUGGGCUGAUACAGACGGGAGUAGACAAAACAUAACAGGGACAGAGACCGCAACUAACCAGAAACCUAAACUGGAAAAACCCUAACAUGACUGAAAGGAAUAACUAUGAUCACUGUGAACAGAAUGCUGUGCAGAUGCAUGGAAACUGUGAACCAAAUGGCGUGACGAAACAGACAUGAACAUGACCUGCACAGAACCUCAUCGUGCGGAUGCGUGAAAAACAACAUAAACCAAAUGGCAUAUUCUUGACCAGUGGGAAGGUACACAGACUGAAUGAAACACAGAGACUAAAUACCCACAGGGAUGAUCAGGGGAAGUAGAAACACAUGAGGAAGAACAGCUGAAACACAUGAACCUAAUGACAGGACAGGGGCAGUGAAACUAAAUACAAUGAACAAAGAACACCAGACUCUUUCAAAAUAAAACAGGAAACAUGGAGACAUAGACAUGACACGAACUUGACAACAAGGACCACACGGACAUGAAACAUGACAGGUAGACAGUACAGGGGGAGAUGACAGAAACAACUAAUAAACAAAGGACUAAACUGCAACCUAGAAAUUAACUAGAUGAGCUAAACUAGAAGACAAAUGAAUACAAAAGAUACAUAAAAACUCAAACACUGGGUCACCCGACCCAGUACCGUGACAGCCAUACAGGAAAAGAAGGAAGCGCCAGCAGUUCUUUUCUCAAUAUAAGGGGCAUUGGUCACUUUCAGCCUCUGACCUGCAUAUGCUUAAUGGCUACUCUCUUUCGGUGCUUCUUGCUUUCCUCUUUGUUUUUGUUGAACCUGCACCUCUGUGGGCGUCCAAUAAAAAAGGCUGAAUUGAAUCUGCUCUCCUCCAGUGAUUUUGUAUUUUGUUUUUAAUAUAUAUUUUGGCUUUAAAAAGGUUCUUAAAAGUCUGACUCUACAUCUCUUUGGGCCAAAGAUGUUUAACAAUUACUUCAAAUUUGUGACACGACUUCAGCAGAAUGCCUUAUAAGAAAAUUGCUGUGGGAAUACUUUUGUUUCCCAUUUCUGAUGAUUGGUUUUCAAAGUACUGAUCUUAUAAGGGUUUUCAGUCUUGGCAGACUAUUUGUCCUCCCGUAAAAUAUCACUUAUCUUUAAGUGUUACCAUGUCUGAUGCUGCUAUCAUGUUCCUUCCGAUAACGGUUCCAUAUCCCUGUUGGUUUAGAAAAAACGAGGCAUCAGCGAUAGGCUAUAAAAUAAAGAGUUAGUUAAAAUCUAAUCAUCCAGCACAAUUUCUCUUUAUGAAAAUUAGUGACUCUAUAAUAACAUCGCACAGCUUCAACCUUUGUUCAUUUAAUGGGUGUUGAGAGGAUUUUUUUUCCUAGAGCAAAACAUUAUGUACGGCAGCCUGGUAUCACCAAAACAGUGAAAAUAUGAAUUCUGAAAACCCUCACUUGAGUUUCAAUUUCCAAAGGCUAUUUUUAACAGUCCUAGACUUAAAUCCACCCAAAGCCUUCCAGACGAUAUAAUAUAUCAUUAUAUCAUUUUCUUCAUUACGAUAACGUAUAUCAUUCAUUUAUUUUAAUAUUGAAAAGAUAGCAGACUCCAAAGGCCUUUCAGCCACCUGUACAAAAAAGCCUGUGUAGAGUUUGUCUGUAUAGUCAUCGAAUCAGACCUCCUCAUAUUAGAUGAAUGGCGUUCAUUAAAUCAUCUUAAGUAGAAACCUGUUUGAAUGGAGCCACUCAUUCGGCUCUAACAAAGGAAACAUGAAGGCUCAUAUUCCAGACGUAUACUUGCUUUCAUUCAUUUCCUUGACUCUCGAACAUUGUUCAUUAUGUUAUCUUUUGAAAGAUGAAUACAACUGUUUCAUGGGACAACUGUUUGUUCCAAUUCUGUAUUAAAUUAGUUGUAAAUAACAGCAGCUGUUUGACUGAUGGUUAAGAAGCUACGAAUUGUAAAAACAGUGCUUUGUUCCUUUUACCCUAAAUCAUAUAAAUUGAGGCAUAAAGAUUAAUGAGGGUUGUCAGUUUUUUUUCUCAUUUCAUGUAAACCUAUGUAGGUGGUAGGAGCAAAAAAUGUCGUCCCAGAACUAUUUAAAUAAUAUUUUUGUGUGUACUUGCAUGUAGCUCCAUCUGAAAGCCAGUUGGCGUUUAUGGAUUCUAGCGAUUCACCACAGAGUUGGCAUCGUGCUUUCCUAUUGAAGACUAAUCAACAGAGCGCAGUGUGUGUCUGGUGAAACUGGCAAGGUUUUAAGCCCAUCCUGAUCAUUUAAUUAGUCUGAUUAUCCAAACAGCUGUCUGCUGGUGCUCUUUCUGACUUCAAGUCGCACACAAACACAUGCGUGCACGCUGAGUGAUGAUGCUACAUAUGUGCCUGCUCACGGAUGCCCUUGGAGCGCGUGUGAUAAAUAGUGUCAUUGAAGCUGUGAUGACAGCACUCCAAGCUGACUGACUGUCAGCAUGAAAUCUUCCAUGCUGCGCUGUUCUUGACAGUGCAAAAGGUCUUUGGGCAAUUGUGGAAGAUUUUGUUGAAUUCUUAAAUGAUCAAAAAGGGCAAAAAAGUCUUGAAAUGACAAUAGGCUCUGCCAAUGGACAAUAUAUUGAUCCUUAUAUGCCGGUUGUGUAUUUAGUCCAUCAAGAUGACCAUGUGAGGUGGUUUGUCUUUAUUUUUACAAGCUUUAGUCACUCAGACGUUUCUGACCAAGGGGUUGUUUUAGAGGUGACAACAUCUUUUCAAUCACAAAUGCAAAUAUUAGGAAAUGGCCAUCUCUGGAGCUGAAAUACGAGGCUGGUGUGAAAGUCCCGGAAACUGUAGUUCCUUAAAUGGCCACUUGAGGCUGUCUCUAAAAAUGGACGUCCCAUUUUAUCAGCAAAGAAGUUUUCCAACUCAGCCUAGAUUAGAAGAAAAAAGAGCUUUUCUUUCUUGGGGUAAAACUGAUCUUAAAAACAAGUGCUGCUUUGCUCUGAUGCAGGAGUAGCUUCGCUGAAGACGUGGUUCAAACGUCUCUUAUGUUUAUGUUUUAGCUGAGUAAGGAAAUCAAUUAUUAUUAAGAAUUUGUCAACAACUUAUUUCCAACUGCAAGCCAAGUGCAACCAACCAUGAAUAAUUCAUUGCAAGCCUAGUUUAAAUUGUUGAAGGCAAAUGAACUGAAAGGGCAUAUGCCAUAUGCCAUGCAUUUAAAAACGGACAUCUUUUUAGAGCAGACUGCUGUCCUUGAGAGUUUUUCCUCCACCUUAAUAUCUUGCAGUGGUAGCCAGAACUCCUCUGUGAGCUUGACUGGUUUGUGCCUAGGUAUGAGGCAGUUAACUCUUAUAACACCUUGAUCCCCUGGAGGAACCAGCUGCUCUCUUGUUUUUUGACUCUCCACAGGCUGUUCGCUCUUUCUCUCUCUCCCAGCCUCCCAGGGGAUUUACAUGACACCUGCUGAGCUUAAACAGGGAAUUGUCUUCUUCUGCAGAGCAACAACAAUUUUCCUUCAUCCAUCUGUUUUAGAAACAGUAAUAAAAAAAAUCUGAUUUUGGUUCUAAACACACCAGAAGUGCUCCCUCAACUGCACGGAGGAGUCUUUUCAUUUUGCAUCGUGCUAAGAUGCUUUUUCAUGUCUUGCGUGCAUGGAGCCAUUUGCUCAAGGUGAAAGUGGAAGCAAUAACGGCCUAAUAGACGUGAAUGCUUGAUUCAUGUUAAGCUGAUAAUGCAUCAGCGAAUGGAUUUUCCUCGGGUACUGUCAAUUUGCAGUCAUUUUUUUGUACUUCCUCCAGCCCUCUUGUUUUUACGCUCGCUCUAUCAUUCACCUUUCCCCAUUGGCAGCUUUGUGACGUUAUGAGGGCAUCUCUGUCAGGAACCACCUUAACAGGAAAAAAACAACAACUUUGCAUCACAUUAAAAGACCUCCUUCAUCCUUAUACACCUCAUUGACUAUAGAGUUGCUGCUUGAUUUGCACCCUUAUGCACUCUUGCCUGCCCACAUACUCACACAACCUAUUUUUGGAUCCGUGGCCACAUAUUGGGAUGUAUUGAGUAGAGACUGUGGUGGUUGCUCUAACUGAUUCUUGUUGUUUAUGGAAAUUUGUGAGAUCAGUUUAAGCUGUAAUUCACCCCAAAGGUGUUCUAUUGGAUUAAGGGUCAGGACUCUGUACAGGCCAGUCAUGUUCUUCUACACCAAACCUGCUCAUCCAUGUCUUUAUGGACCUUGCUUUGUGCACUAGUGGGCAACUUGCAACUCCUGAAAAAGUGGCCAGUCGCUUCCACUUAGCUACCACUAACACUUGACUGUGUAAUAUUUACUAGUGAGGCAAUGUCACGACUAGAGUUGUUGCGCAGGUGCCAUCCUAUCAUGCCACAAUGCUGGAAUUCACUGAGCUCCUAAGAGCGACCCAUUCUUUCACAAAUGGUUGUAGAAGGAGUCUGCAUGCCUACAGUAGGUGCUUGAUUUCAUACACCUGUGGCCAUGCAUGCGAUUGGAACACCUGAAGCCAAUGAUUUGGAUGAGUAAUUGAAUACUUGGUAAUAUAGUGUAUAAUAAAAACCAUUCCACUUCACAAGUAAUGGAAUGAGACUGAUUCCUUUAGGGACAAUAGCUAAACUGUAUGAAUAUAAACUAGUACACAUCUUCCCGUGUAAAUCAAAACUCACACCUAGUUUACGUGCUGCUGUAUUUUAUGUAAUUUUCUCCCUGCUUUGCUGUCUACGCUCUCAAAUAGAAGUUAAAUAUCUCAAAAACCUUUACCUGGGUUGUCUUCCCUUCAAGGUAGUAUCCUUAGACAGUGCUGCUUCCAGUAUUGCUGCUAUUUUUAGCCUGGAAGUCCCAUUCAGACCACUUGCAAGUGUUUGAUCUCUGCUGUAUCACAACAGUGACCCUUCAACUUGAAUUUCAGUUUGGUGAAGAGGAUGAAGUCACAGGGAGUCAAAUCUGGCAAGCUCCAAAAAGCUCCUACAUUUUUUUAUUGCCCUGCGCGCGGCAAGGUAAUGGCACGAUGGCACGCACAACCGUUUAGGUGAUUUGGGACCAGUGUCUAACCUCCAACGCUUCAGGAAAUUGCUGUAGAACUCUGCCCUGACAGUCUGAUCCUGAAAGAUGAAUUCACAGUACACGUCCUUGUGAAUGUGGAAAAGGAAAAAAAAACAAGCUCACUCCUGGUCAUGCUCCUGAACUCAUGCGUCGUCUUCUUUCAUUGAAAACUGCUGUUUAGUCUCUGGUUCAUAACUAGACAUCCAGCUCUGCUUCAAGAAACACAAAGAGCAAAAAGAUGCAUUUCUUAUUGCUGAUAAACCAUUAAAAAAACCAAACCCUUUUUUACAUUGUGGGAAGUUUUAGAAAAUGGAACAUUACAUAUAUGGGAUUUUAUAUCAGUAUCAACAUCAGUGUGCUGUAAAGCUUUACAAAGAUUCAAUUUGAAACAGAGAAUAAAUGUCAUUGCCAAGAUGGCACGUAUGACGUGACCAGAAAUGAAAAAAUUGCUGUGGGUUUCUAAACACAGAGUAAACAAACAGCAAAUUAAUUAGUAGGAAUACUGUUCUGUGGGAGUGAGACAGCACUGCGUUUGGCUGAAGCAUAUUAUUUAGUUUCGCCACAUGGUUUCUGAUGGUGGAAGAUGGUCAUUUCCAAGCCAUCUGGAUGCUAUAAGCCAAGGAAGACGAUGUGGCAGAGAUUUGCCUUUAUUCACUAAUAGGCAUAUAAAAACCCAUGUAGUGCACUGUACAGCAGAUGGGGGGCGUUGCAGGACCUGCGAAUCUGAAGGGAAAACCAGGGAUUUCAUUGCGAUCGGUCCCCACAGCCAAAGCUGUGCUUCAACAGUCGCUCUCCCUCACUCGCAGCAUCACACACUUCCCUUCCCCUCCGCUUCGCCACCGUCUCUCUCACACACACACACUCUCUCUCUUUGCUUCAGUGUUUCUCAACCACUCAUUCUGCUGCGCUCGCCCGUGUCAUCUCUCCUCUGUGGAGUGCAGAGAGAGGUGAUUCAGCUCGCGGGCUGACUGGCAGUUGCUGGACUGGGCAAACAGAGACAGAGUUGAGGACCUGAGGGACAGGACAGUACUGUUUGAGGGGGGGGAUUCCAUCGGGAGAGAUACAGCACAAGAUUACCUCCAGUGGAGAUUAUUUGCAUCACAAAACCUGUGGAAAGAGGACUGUGACUCUCUCUGUGUAGUGGAUGCACAACCGCUGCCUGUGGAAGAGGGGGCGUGAUAGACAAGGACCUGCGCCACUACCUCAACCUGCGUUUCCAGAAAGGCUCAGUGGACCACGAGCUGCAGCAGAUCAUCCGGGACAACCUCUACCUCCGCACCGUCCCCUGCACAACCAGGCAGCCCAAGGAAGGAGAGGUCCCGGGGGUGGAUUAUAAUUUCGUGACCAUUGACCGGUUUAUGGAACUGGAGAAAAGUGGAGCCCUGCUAGAGAGUGGAACAUAUGAAGAUAACUUUUACGGCACCCCAAAGCCUCCGGCUGAGCCCAGCGCUCUGCUGCUAAAUGUAACGGACCAGCUGCUCCCGGGCGCCAGACCCAGCUCAGAGGGCAAGAGGAAACGCAACAAGUCAGUCAGCAACAUGGAAAAAGCCAGCAUCGAGCCCCCCGAGGAGGAGGAGGAGGAGAGACCCAUUGUCAAUGGCAACGGUGUUGCUGUCACCCCAGAAUCAAGUGAACAUGAGGACAAGAGCACAGAUGCUUCAGGGGACGUCGGCCCGCAGAUCAACCCAGCAGAGGCCCCGAGCGAGGUACCCAAAGAUGACGGACAGAUCCCGAAGAUGGCAGUGCCCAAACCAGAUGAGAACGAUGAGCUAGGGCCGCUGCCAGACAACUGGGAGAUGGCAUACACUGAGAAAGGAGAAGUCUACUUCAUAGACCACAACACUAAGACAACAUCGUGGCUGGACCCGAGGCUAGCCAAGAAAGCAAAGCCGCCCGAGGAAUGCAAAGAGGAUGAGCUUCCGUACGGCUGGGAGAAAAUCGAUGACCCCAUUUACGGCAGCUACUAUGUCGAUCAUAUAAAUAGAAGGACCCAGUUUGAGAACCCAGUCCUGGAAGCUAAAAGGAGACUCCAGCAGCAGCAGCAGAUGCAAAGCCAGGGCCUGUCCUCACUGCCCCUUCCCACCAUCUACAGAGAGAAGCCGCUGUUCACGCGGGACCCCACCCAGCUGAAAGGCAGUUUCUUGUCCACAUCACUCCAAAAGAGCAACAUGGGUUUUGGCUUCACUAUCAUUGGAGGGGAUGAGCCCGAUGAAUUCCUCCAGGUCAAAAGCGUUAUCCCCGAUGGGCCCGCCGCAGCAGAUGCAAAGAUGGCUACAGGUGAUGUUAUUGUCUACAUCAACGAUGUGUGCGUCCUGGGUACCACCCAUGCUGAUGUGGUGAAACUCUUCCAGUCUGUACCUAUUGGCCAAAGCGUGACUCUCGUAUUAUGUCGCGGUUAUCCUUUGCCAUAUGAGCCAGAGGAAGCUGCCAACACCAACAACAACACCACCACCAUCAUCUCCCCACUGGGCAUCAUGGAGCAGCGGCCCAUUAUGGUGAACGGCAGGACGGGCUACGAUAACUACCUAGAUUAUCUCACCCGCACAGCACGCUUUGUUACAGACCCCAGUCAGGACCCGGUCAGCGCCCAGCAGCAGCUGCUCACUGGUCACCCAGCGGACACCCACUUAGAUGGCUCGCUUCCUCCCACCACGGGUACUACGCCACCAGACAGCGUCUCUAUGGCAUCAUCGGGCGCGACCCAGGGAGAGCUACUAACCCUGACCAUGGUGAAGGGCGUGGAUGGGUUUGGCUUCACGAUUGCAGACAGCGCCACAGGUCAGCGUGUUAAACAAGUCCUGGAGCCUCAGGGCUGCCCGGGCCUGUGCGAGGGCGACUUAAUUGUGGAGAUUAACAAGCAGCCCGUGCAGGGAUUCGGUCACACACAGGUGGUGGAGCUGCUCAAGGAGUGCCCUGUGGGAGCUGAGACCUGCCUCUUGGUUCAGAGAGGUGGAACAGGUCACUAUUCACCCUGGAAGACCCCUAAGCAGGUGCUGGAGCAGUGGGAGUCCCAGCAGGGCCAGAGCAGCCCUGCUCAGACCAGCCUGUCGGCUCCUGUUAUCCCCCACAGCGCCCCCUUCCCAACACACCAUCUUCACAGGGCCUCGGUCCCUGAGUCUGCCUCCGAGGCCUUGGCCCUGGCAAAGCCAGACCCAUAUGACCUUUAUGAGAAGUCCAGGGCUAUCUUUGAGAGUAGGCAUCCUGGGCAGCCAAGGACUGUUUUUCCUCUGGACUCUUCAGGAGGAGAGUACCAGGAAAUCGAAGUCCACCUGCGCCGACAGAAGUCCGGGUUCGGUUUCCGAGUGCUGGGCGGGGAUGAGGCGGGGCAGCCUGUGAGUCCGGAGACGCGUGAGAAGAUUCUCAUCGGGGCGAUCAUCGAGAAGAGUCCAGCGGAUCUAGAUGGGCGCCUGCGGCCCGGCGAUGAGCUGCUGUUUGUUGAUGGAAUCCCAGUGGUGGGGAAGCCACACAGAUAUGUCAUUGACCUGAUGCACGGGGCAGCACGUACCGGCCAGGUGAAUCUGGUUAUCAGGAGGAGGGUUCAGGCGGCAGGCGAGUCUUGUCCAGAAAACGGCCGCAGCCCAGGUUCUGUCUCCACGCAGCACAGCUCCCCACGUAGUGACUUCACGUAUGGCAACAGCACCAGCACACCCCAGGCUCCCAACGCUGGCAUGGGCAACACCGGUGCUACUUCAGACGGGAUCUCGAACACACAACCAAGCGAUGUCAUAAUCAGCCGAAAGGAGAGCGAGGGCUUCGGUUUCGUCAUCAUCAGCUCGCUCAACCGGCCUGAGGCGGCCACAACUAACACUGUGCCCCACAAAAUUGGCCGCAUCAUCGAGGGCAGCCCGGCAGACCGCUGCGGGAAGCUGAAGGUGGGAGACAGGAUACUGGCGGUGAACAACCAGUCCAUCGUCAACAUGCCGCACGCUGACAUCGUUAAGCUGAUCAAAGAUGCAGGCCUUAGUGUCACCCUGAGGAUCAUACCACAGGAAGAGGUGAGCAAUCCUCCAUCAGCCCCCAGCUCGGAGAAGCAGAGCCCCAUGGCUCACCAGCACAGCCCUAAGGCCCAGCUAAACACUGCAGCCUCCCUGUCUAACCAAGCAGUGACAGAACCGAGCCCCUCUGCCAGCCAGCCCAACCCCAUGCCCCACCAGAGCCCUGUGACUCAGCUUCCUGCCCCGACACCUCAGACCUACACCCACGAGAGCAGUUACAGGUCUGAGGUGAAGGCGAGGCAAGAUGUUAAACCAGACAUCCGACAGCCACCAUUCACAGACUACCGACAGCCGCCGGUGGACUACCGGCACCCUCCCGUGGCAGACUACCGGCAGCCACCCACGUUGGAUUACAGACACCCGCCUCUGCUGGACUAUCGACAGCUAGCCACAGAUGCUAGACAAUUUGCCAUCCCAGAGUACCGAAUGCCACCAGUUCAACUUACACAGGACUUCGACUUCUUCACAGUGGAGCUGGAGAAGAGCGUGAAGGGCUUCGGUUUUAGCAUCCGUGGAGGGCGGGAGUACAAAAUGGACCUCUUUGUCCUACGACUCGCAGAGGAUGGGCCGGCCAUUCGCAACGGGAGGAUGAGGGUUGGGGACCAGAUCAUUGAGAUCAAUGGAGAGAGCACUCGGGACAUGACCCAUGCUAGGGCUAUCGAGCUCAUCAAGUCUGGGGGCAGGCGGGUUCGUCUCCUCCUAAAGAGGGGUACAGGGCAGGUCCCAGAGUACGACAAUGCCGCCCCAUGGGAUGGUCGCCCUUCAGCCUCCCCAAGCCUGUCGGAAAUAGCCCCUCCUAUCGAAAGCCUUUCCAUGUCAUCGCCUUCAUCUCAUCUAGCCCCAGCCCCCGACCUUCCUCAUCUGCCACCUCAGGAUGUCCAUCGAGACCCGGUGGCACGAGACAGCAGGACGGAGCAUUCGAAGAGCCCCCAGAAAGCCGAGCUGCUAAACCCAGACCCAAUCGGCCACGCGAGGAGAGCGGCUGCGACCAGCGGGAGCAGCAGAGCUAAGAAGGAGGGUGGCAGGUCCACCCACAAGGGCCUCAGGAUGCAGCCAACUCCUGAUGGGGAAGGGGGCAAGGACGGGCAGAGCGGAGAGCCUAAACCUUCCAGAAGCAACAGAGGAAGGUCCAAGGAGAGAAAUACUAGGGACAAUAGAGAGUCCACUCACUCUCCUAGCAGCUCUAAGCUCCCACACAUUAACGGGAACAGCAGGGAAGAUGUAGAGCGCUGGAGUGGAGCAAAGCAGGGGGAGCUGGAGCAGAGCAAGCCAAGGCCCAGGGAACUAGAAAGGGGCCAGGGAGAGAGCUGGCCUAGCCUACCCAACAAGAGCACCAGCAGCAGCAGCAGCAUCGCAGCGGGGAGGAAGGCCACAGUCUCUCCUGGACCUUGGAAGAUCCCUGGAUCAGACAAGCUGCCCAGCACCCUGCGCACAGGCACGUCCACUCUGAGCAGAUAACCCCGCAGCUUCAGCAGAAAGCAGUGGCCACACUCAUCUGAACUAAACCACCCCAUCUGGAUGAAAGUACCAUUCUCACUCCCUCCUGUGCUCCUGCAUCCCCUCAUCGACCUGUUCUCCCAUACAGUCAAAACCAAGAGGAGGGGGGCAGGGUGAUCUGGACCACGUGUUUUUAAAGUUUUAUUUAUGGAACUGUAUUUUAAAUUAUUUUGGAGAAACAUAUUUUACACCUACCACCUUAAGAACUGGAAAAUCAUCCAAGUUAACACACACACACAAAAGAAGAGCAAAUAGAGUCUUUGUGUAGCGUGGUGGGAAUCAUUUGUGGAGUAAAUGAAUUUUGAAGACCUCUAUUUUGCUGAACUGGGGGGGGGGGUGUGCAAACAUGCAAAUAUAAACAACAUAGCAGGAAGUAAAUGUCGGAUGGAUUUUUUUAUAUAUAUCUACACAGUGGAGUCUAUUUUAUGAAAAGGAAUGUUUAACGGAUGUUUUUGAGGAGAGUGAAUGGAUCAAAGAGCGACCGCAGAAAUGAAAUCGACUCAUCAGCAGAAACUUUGCCUUAACAGAGACUGUAUUGGGCCUGAACCUGUCUUGAAUAAUCUAUCAGAUGAUUAUAGACAUAGAUAUAUUAUAACGAAUAUGAAUAUGUGGGAACAUUUUGUAAAUAAGAUCAUCUUUAAGUGAACAUAUAGAAAUUCUAGUCUACAAAUAAAUGAGCGAAGCAGCACGACAUGCCCCGGAUCUUUAGGUAGCUCCUUGCUCCUGCACACUCCUGUUCCGCCCUGCGAUCACAGGUCUGGGUCUCAGCAAGCCUGCUGCGAUCGACUGCACGGCCUGUUUGAAUCACUCGGGCUUCAGUGGGAGUGUCUCUUCAAUCUAUUUUCCUUUCUUCUGUGCUUAACGAUCAAAGCAAUCUGCGACAGCGGUGUCCUGUCGGACACUGAGAGAAGGAGCUUGUGUGAUACCAACGAAGGGGCAGAGUGCCUUAGACUGAGGACAAAAGGUUCAACCGCGAAAAUACUGCAGAGGGUUCAACAGAGGCUGCUAUACAACACCCACUCUACAGAUAUAAAUAUAAACUGCAUUUCUUUAGUGUGACACGGUGAAAUAUAUAAUUUAUUUCACAAGCUUAUGUAUGAAAAUGAGUCCAUUAGCGGAGGUAUCCACGGUCCCUUUUUAUUUGUGGUUCAUCUCGGGUCAUGAUGCUUUUCAUUACUGAUUUCUUAAUGAGGUCUGACACCAGUAAUUUCCAUGAAGAAUUGCUUAUAUGAGAUUGUGUAAUCAAACGUCGCCACAUGGCAGACAGAGCUUUGCACCCUAAACCAAACCAAAUUAAUAAAAUCUGAUAUUAAUUCAGUAGAGAAUCAAUCUCACCUUCUCAGAAGCUCGCUUGCGUAACAAUCUGCAUCUCGAAGGAAGGACUGAAUGCUCAUGUGAACGUGACACUUUGUCAGCUGCUGAAUUAAAUUUCUUUUAAGAGAUUCUGUCUACACUGUGUGAUAUUGAGACAUAUAUAUCCAUGCCAAAGCUCUUUUGAGGGUUCCUGUUUUUUUUUUUUAAGCAUUCCUGCCCAAGAAUCUGACUGACUUUGAAGGCAACGCUUGUAUUUCUAUACAUCAAGCUCGUAACUAGCUAAGCCCUGCCGCCUUUGGUAACUGCCACAGUUCCUGUCAAGCUUUCUAUUCUUGCACAAUGUUUGAUAAAACGGUGACGCUAAGACUUCAAACGGCGCGUUCUUGAUUACAGGCAGAGGUACUUGAAAGCAGCUUGACAUUUAAUGUCACAGGAGGGAAAGAUUUUUAGGAUGAAGACUGUCAGGUGAAGUUGGACAAAAUGUCUCAUCUGUCUCAGAUAGCAUUGCCUGAGGUUGCUGGAACAUAAACUACACAAAAAUACAAAAGUUACGCUGAUACUAAUAAAGAGCGUUGGGGAAACUUAAUCGAAUUAGUAAUUUUACAAAACAAACCUGUAAAAAGACAGAAGAGGUAACCUAGUAACCUUUGCAGCGUGCAAUGCUGCUCCUUUAUGUUUGCUGACUGUCUCGGUUUUCAUAUAAGGUGUAAUGAUGAGUAAGAAAAUAAAAUUUGAUAAAAGUCCGUUCAAUUUUUUUUUUUACACAGUAUUAAUAUUACUAAAAUGUUUCAAAAGAAAAAGCUACUGCACUGAGGUCAAAUAUGCAUAUGCUAUAUGUGUGUGUAAAAAGCUAUUUGCUAGCCUGUUAGCCACAACAGCAUUAAAGUCAUAAUACCAGUAUGUCAGUGUUAUGUUCAGAUAGCUGCACACUCAUAAAGUGGCCAGAAAAAAAUGUACUGGAGUCUAAAAAUAAGCAACGGUAGCUGGUAUUCAGUAGAUUACAGUAAAAAAAAGCUAAAAAAGUCCCCUCUUUCCUUUUGACAAUAAAAACAUCUUGGUUUAUUUCCAGACUGCAAUAAAUUCCCAUUUUAAAUUGUGCAUGCAUAAAAGUGUCAUCCACACUUUUGUAGUCUGGAGAGGUGUUCAGUGUGGGUCUUAAAUGUGAGGCUAGUGCGCAGCCAAAGCCGUCACUUUUUAUAACAAUCAACAAUUCAGUUUUAUUUUUCAUUUUAAGUUAUAACUAAAGUAAGACUAACGUUAAUCCUAAUCUUGAGUUAAUAAAUUAAUAAAAUCUCAAGAUACCUCCAUCAAAAUAUUCAGAAAAGACCUUUGAAUUAAAAGAUCGGUAAUACUAAAUGAAACAGAAAAGCCCAACAAAAUAACCAAAAUCCCUGUGAUAAACCCACAGACUGUGACAGAAAAAUGGGUGGGACUAUUUCAUUGCCUUUAAGGAACAUUUAUUUGUAGUUUCUGUAGUGAAAAACCCUCAUGUAAUUGAUUACAUGAAUCACUGCAUCAAAACAAAUGUUCAACUGCCAGCAAGCUAUAAUAAUAAAAGAAUGUUAAAAAUACUAAUUUAGUUACAUGUAGUUCUCUGUUCCCCAACACUGUAAGUCACCCUGCAAAGGAUUACAGAUAAAGCAUUAAUUCCUUUUGCUAUUGUUUUUAUCUUUGAGGCUAAAUAACUGCGCAGAGAUAUCACCCACCCUUAAACGUGCCAAACAGUAAGCACACCACACAGACACAGACAUGAAUCCAAAGCUUGACAGGGCUGCAGUGCAUUCUUUGAGUCACUGAAUGGCUGUUGAAUGGGAGGAAUCUAGCAAACGGUUAAUUUUGAGUAUUUUUCUCUGAAUGAGAAUCAAAGAGCCUAAGAAAAAAACAAAAAACCUCCUUUCCUUCUUCUGCUGAGGGACAUACUGAUAGUGUUUGAGUGAGCAAAGGGACACAAGUCAUUAUGUUUGCCGUUGUAAUCCGUAAUUACACACGCACUAAGCAGACUGACUUAAAAACACAAUCCAACACAGAGGGUUUGAAAUGGGAGGAAUGAAGGAAUCACCAGCCGGGAGCAAACAAUUGAGCUUUUUCAGUCACUUGUAAAAUGCCUCAGUUACACGCCGUCACAUCACACCCAUUUAGUUGGACUGCUCCUUUAUUUUGUGACUUCAGAUUUGAGCAGAAGCAGGGAAACGUGUGUCUUUUUUUGCUCUGCCUUUGCACAAAUCACUGCUUUCCACAUCUGAGCUGUCUCCAUCGAGUCAAACUGUAAGUAGUUUUCUAGGGAAAUUUAAAAAAGAAAAAAAAAACCUAGGGGUGUGUUAAAGUGUGUGUUUGAGAACAACAAAGACACGCUUUCGCACCACAAUAUAAACCCCGACACCCUGAGCGGCUCGGUAUCACUGUGUAGUGUAAUAGCAGUGUGUAGACCCUGAACAAAUAUCUCUAUAAAUAUGACUCGGUGUACUAUUGAUGGUCACAAAGACUGUAAGUGGAGCAACUAUUUUUAUGAAAUGCAACACUAUGAAUAUAUUAACUUUUGCAAAAAUCUUGUUUACCUGUAUGAUAUUCUGAAACGCUGUCAAAAUAAACAAAACUCUUGACACAA